CAACAAGCGUGUACUCCCAGCAGCGAAACAACAUCCAGUCCCUCGCGCCCUAUUUCAAACGAUACGUUUGUCUCUUGGUUUUAGCCUGUGCGCUACCGGUAACUGCGAAAAGCUUACUGUGUGACGUGGCCGUAGCUGCGGAUCCGGAUGCACAGAAGGGGUCGUGGUGAUGAGUGCAACCUGCUCUCCCGUGCUGUGGGCCACAGCUUCUUAAUUGCUCGUGCUCCUUUAUUCCUUUCCCCCGCCCCCCGCUAUACACUUCCAAGCCAAGGUGGCGAAAAUUUAGAUUUUUCCUCAUCUUUGGCCCUGCAUGAGUGGGGUGGUUCUAAUCCGCGUUAGUGCCUGGAUUGCUACUGUUUAAGCGUCUCCAGGAGGCAAACCCUAUGGAUUUCUGUGGGAAUUAUUCCUGACUGUUCAUCACUUCUGAAGACAUUAAUACUAUUGCAUGAAUGGCAACCGUGGAUGACCUUAAGUUUCAAGAAUUUGAUGAUGCAGCCAACUUGUUGGCAGCAAAUCCAGAUGCUGUCACAAUAAGCAUUGAUGAACCUAGCGAGAAACCAAAGAAGAAGCAUGGACAUCAACGAGACUCUGGGCGAGAGGAGGAUGAUGAACUGUUGGGGACAGAUGAUUCUGAUAAAACUGAGUUGCUUGCUGGGCAGAAGAAAAGUGCUCCCUUCUGGACAUUUGAGUAUUACCAGACUUUUUUUGAUGUGGAUACCUAUCAGGUCCUGGAUAGAAUCAAAGGUUCUGUUUUUCCUGUACCAGGGAAGAACUUUGUAAGAUUGUACAUACGAAGUAAUCCUGACCUGUAUGGUCCCUUUUGGAUAUGUGCCACAUUAGUCUUUGCCAUUGCUAUCAGUGGAAACCUUUCAAAAUUCUUCACCCAUUUCAAUGACCCUACGUGCCCAUAUGUGCCUGAAUUCAGAAAAGUGUCCAUAGCUGCAACAGCCAUCUAUGCUUAUGCAUGGCUGGUUCCUCUGGCACUCUGGGGAUUCCUUAUGUGGAGAAACAAUAAAAUUAUGAACAUUGUCUCCUACUCAUUUCUUGAGAUUGUAUGUGUUUAUGGCUAUUCGCUCUUCAUUUAUAUCCCAACUGCGAUUUUGUGGAUUAUUCCGCUGAAAGCUGUCCGAUGGGUUUUGGUGAUAUUUGCUCUGUGUUUGUCAGGAUCUGUUUUAGCAAUGACAUUUUGGCCUGCUGUUAGAGAUGAUAAUCGAAGGAUUGCAGUGGCUACAAUUGUGACAGUUGUACUUCUCCAUGCUUUGCUAGCUGUUGGUUGCUUGGCAUACUUUUUUGAUGGUCCCGAAUUAGUUGUUUCUUCAAUUACGACUGAACUUCCACAUAAUUUAACAGGAACGACAAAAGCUCAGUAAUUGAGAUACCUGCUUCUUCAUCUGUGCAAUACUGUUUUAUUGGGGCUUUCCCACACUAAAAAAAAGACAAAAGAACUGAGGAAAUGUUAAUGAAACUGUCUGAAUUUUCAGUAUCGGACAUCUGAAUGACCAACUAGAAAUGGACUUGAGUUUAAAUUCUGCUCUGUUGAGCUAAAGGUGAAAUACAUUUUCAUUCAGUUAAGUCAGUUUCAUCUGUAGGUUUUUUUCCUGACUUAUGCUGAAGAUUUUUUUAAAAUCAUAAUUUACAUUUUAGUGUUUGUCAUUGAAUAAAAGUGACUGGAAAUAC